GGUGCGGUGACGUCGGUGUCUGCGGAGCUUUCAGUGAGACGACGGCCUGGGAGUUCUCAGUUGUCCGUGUGCAGUUAGUUAUGCGGAGGACAAGGGCGGCGGGACGGUGACUAUCUGAAUCAUGUUUCUCCAGAGGGUGUGGUGGCUUAUGGUAAUACAUCUAUCCAUACCAAUCAGUCUAUGUUUAAGAACUGAUAAUUCUUUGGAGGGCUAUGCCUACAUUAUUCCUGAGGCACCAGUAAUUAAAAAUGGAUCCCAACUAGAGGCAUUCUGCAUCCUUAGUGAUACUUUUAUAACAAAAAAUGGAGUGGAUGCAAAUCAAAUAUUCUGGAAAUUGAAGGAAAACAGAAUACCAAAAGACCACUUCAUCACAGUCAAUAAAACAGUGUCCAGUGUAACACUAACCAUUUCCACUGUUGGUGUUGCACUUCUGACCUGCAAUGUACAACUUAAUGAGGAUCAAGUAACAACUGUCUUCGGAAUACAAGUUAAGACGGGAUUGCUUCCAGAGAAGCCAAAAAACAUGACAUGCAUAACAUAUCAUGACCGCAAUAUGACUUGCUUCUGGGAUCCAGGAAAAGAUACGUACUUACCAACCAGCUAUUAUUUUAAAUUAUCAAUUAAACCUGGAGAGGUACAACAAUAUGAGUUACCAGCUGGUGUGAACAACUCGUAUGCAAUUUUAUACCCAUUUCUACAUUAUUUUGUUGUAAAUAUGAUAUGGGUUGAGGCAAACAAUUCCUUGGGCACUACAAGAUCUGAUGUAAUGAAGCUGGAUCCAGUUGAUGUUAUCAAACCAGAUCCUCCAGAGAUAACUUUAAUAAAACAAGUAUCAGGAAUAAGCACAGUCUUGUCUGUGGAUUGGACAAAUCCACCUUUGCCAGUUACAUUUCAACUGAAAUACAAUCUCCGAUACAGAAUUGUGAAUACGCAUGAGUGGACACAGGUUCCCCCUGAGGAUACAAAUUCACAGAGGAAUUCUUUCUUAGUUCAAAACUUGAUGCCAUUUAGUGCUUAUAGCUUCACAAUUCGCUGUAAGAACAUUGAUUCUGGCUACUGGAGCGACUGGAGUUCAGAGAAAAUUGAGAAAACUCCUGAAACCUAUCCAUCACGAGGUCCACCAAUUUGGAGAACAGUUGAAAACCCAACAGAUCCAAAUAGAAGAAUACAUAUCAUGUGGAAGGAACUUGAUAAGUCGGAUGCUAAUGGAAUUAUUUUGAGGUACCAACUGAAAAUUAUGCAAAAGAAUUCUUUGAAAAUCCAAACUAUUAACACUAAGGAUCUCGAGUACAGUACUACCCUUUCGCAGAGCAGAUAUGAAAUUUCAGUUAUUGCAAUCAAUUCAGCUGGCAACUCUCCAAAGGGAAUUUUAAUAGUUCCAGCCACACAUGACCCAGAAUUCCCACCUGUACCUAAAAUCAGCGCUUAUCCUCAAGAUGCUCGUUUGAUGGUGGAAUGGGAGCCGCCUGCAUCUGCAGUUAGCAGCUACGUAAUAGAAUGGUGUGAAGAGUUUGGCAAGGAUUUAUGUCAUGAGCCCUCAUACUGGCAACAUGAGCAGAAAACUGUGAACAAAACUUUCUUAAAAGACCAUGUUAUGCCAUUCAAACGUUAUCGAAUAACUAUUUACCCUCUGUACGGUGGUUGUCCAGGAGCUCCACUUUCAACAUUGGCAUACUUGCAACAGGAUCGUCCAGUAAAAGGUCCUUCCGUUCAUCUGAAACAUGUCGGAAAAAAAGAAGUUGAGUUAACGUGGAACGAAAUACCUGUAAAUGAACAGCGUGGCUUCAUCACAAAUUACACCAUAUUUUAUAAAAGCAGCAGUUCAAAUGAAUCAAGCAUUGUUGUCGAUCCAAUGCAUCAAGAAUUUGUACUGAAAUCAUUAAAGGGCAAUACUUUGUAUGUGGUUCGUGUAAUGGCAUCAACAGUCAAAGGAGGCACAAACAGCUCUGAAGUAAAUUUUACUACUUUAAAUUUUGCAAAAGGUGAAAUUGAAGCAAUUGUAGUACCAGUUUGUCUGUGCUUCCUCUUAAUCACCAUGGGAGUGAUACUACUCUGCUUCAAAAACAGACAUCUGAUUAAGACAUAUGUUUGGCCUAACGUUCCAGAUCCUGCAAUAGCAGGAUUGUUGAUUGGUCAUCUAGCAAUGGAAAUCUUACCAAGAAUAACAUAGGCCCAAAGGAUCCUCUGAAUCUGGAUGGCUUUAUUUCUGAUGUUACUAUAAUUGAAGCUGAUGCCGAUAAUAAAUACCCAUCUAAUGAGGAUGAUAUCAAGCAAUUGUCAUCCUUGAAAAAGGAAAAGAGUACAUCAGGAGAGCACAGCAGUGGCAUUGGAGGUUCUUCAUGUAUGUCUUCUCCUCGACAAAGUGUAUCGGAUAGUGAUAGUGAGUCGGCACAGAAUACUACAAGCACAGUUCAGUAUUCAACUGUACUAGUGAGUGAUACUGGUUACAAGUGCCAGCAACCAUCAGCACAAGUUUUUGCAAGGUCAGAAUCAACUCAGCCUCUUCUAGAAAAUGAAGAAAAGCCUGAUGAACAUUCAUAUGGCAAUUUUGGAAGCUGCAGUACAGAAGUAAAAAGACAGUAUUUUAAACAGAAUUGUCAUAUCGAGGAGCCCCGUUUGAAAGAAGUACCUUCAAGUGAAGGUGAAAUAUUAGGUGAUAUGGAUGAAGAUGGCUCCCUCAGACUAGGUCAAAUGGAAGUUUCAGGUCAGAACUCUGAGGGAUCUUGUCCUGUUGUGGAGGAGUUCUCAAGCAGUGAUGACCAAACUGUUGUCAAACUGGACUUAUUGGGAUUUGGUGGAUGUUUAGAAACUAAUCAGCAAAGUUAUAUGCCUCAGGCUGUGAAACGCAACAGUUAUAUGCCUCAGUCAAAAUAAGUCUCUACUUUGCUUGAGCUGUAAAAGCUUUUAUUUCGGAGGUCACGUGUCAAAAAUGUGAACUACUGUGUAAUGUUUGCAUUUAUCCUGAGUAAGCCUGGAUCAUCUGUAAUUUGACUAACUAGUUAUACUAAGAAAAUUGUAUCUAAAUGCCUUUGAAUAGAAUAUGUAAAAUCAUGGACACCA